ACCUUGACGAGCACGGACUAAAUUGCCAAGAACGACCAGAUGGUUGACCCUUUUUGGAAGGCGCUAAACCCCUUCAGCUCACUGGCAGAGAUGUUAAGCAAAUCCUUUACACCACCUAGCGAAGGCAGAACGCCUCUACCUUGCCGUAAAUUGUCCGUGAAUGCAAGUCUAAAACAAGAAAUAUACAUAAGUAAACUGUGAUCACUCAUCUGUGUUGCAUCCAUCUCCCCAACAUCACCUUUAUGAGACCCUCAUAACAAUGGCAUCUAUGAACCUCCCACCAAGCCAUGACACGGUUUUGAAACUCUUUUUGCGAGGUAGCCGCACACCGAAUAAUAAAUACCCAAAUGUCUCCCUUGGCGGUCAAACAGUCCUCGUCACCGGCAGCAACAGCGGCAUCGGCCUGGCAUGCGCCCACAUCCUCCCAACCCUCGGGGUCUCUCACCUAAUCCUCGCCGUCCGGUCUACCAUAAAGGGGGAAGAAGCAGCUACUCCCAUACGCAAAGCCCAUCCAGGCACGAAGGUCGAGGUCUGGGAGCUAGACAUGUUAUCCUAUCCCUCCAUUCAAGCCUUCGCCCGAAAAUGCGCAACCUUACCUCGCAUCGACAUCGCAAUCCUCAAUGCAGGUGUAUCCAGCGGGUCAGUCUCCAAAAUCAACGCGUCAACCGGCCACGAAGAGACUUUCCAAGUCAACUACUUCUCCACGGCACUCCUAUCACUGCUAUUACUCCCUGUACUGAAGCCCAAAUCAUCAGACCGAUAUGACCAGCCUGGUCGUCUGACCAUCGUCGGGUCGGGAAUGGGUCUCCUGUCUACCUUUGAGAAUAGAAAUACCGUACCGUUAAUCCCGUCUUUCGAUGUGCCGUUCUCGGGCUUCCAAGCGGCAGGGGAACGAUACGCUGUCACCAAGACGCUCGUCAUGAUGCUUGUUCACAAGCUCAGUGAAGCCGUUGACGCAGACGAUGUCAUUGUCAAUACUGUCGAACCGGGCUUCACGUCGGGCACGGCUCUGCAUCGUGACUACUCGUGGGCGGGCAAGAUUUCCAUGGCGCUUAUGAAAAAGUUUCUCAGUCGAACACCGGAACAGGCUGCUUGGACGUAUCUUGAUGCGGCGGCUGUGAAGGGGAGGGAGAGUCAUGGGGGGUUCGUCAUGUUUUGGGAGGUGUUUCCGUUCCAUCAGAUGAUGCAUACGCGCGAGGGAAAGCAAACGAUGGAAAGGCUGUGGGAUGAGACGAUGGCGGAGCUGGAGUUUGCGGGUGUAAGACAAAUAUUGGAGUCGAUACGUAGGAAGCAGUAG